CGUCUGAAGGCGCAGAGCAGCGCCGCGGAACGCACAGACUUACCCGAGGAGAAAACACCUGUUAGUGACGAAGCAAGUGGACAAAGAGGACCUUGUCCUUUGCUAUAGAGCUAUACACCUGACUGCACCUACUCCACACGCCCACACAUCCCACUGUCUGGUGGGACCAUGUGGGUUCUGGAUAAAAUCCGCGGUUCGGUUGAGACUGGCGUGCUGCGACAGGGGGAGAACGGAGACAAGAAAGGCGUCACCCCGUCCUACAGCAACGUGCUCACCCCUGACAAGAUCCCAGACUUUUUCAUUCCUCCGAAGCUGGUCAGCAGCCCUCCAGAAUCUGAAAUUCCUGCAAAGCCCAAAGAAGGAUUGCAACCUUCAACUUCAGAGCAAACCAUCAGCAGUGGGAAGAAGAUCAGCAGCCCAAGAAGUCCAGGCCUGGUGGCCAAGAUCGCAGGAGACACCAAGAACCUGCUGAGAGCAGCAAACCGUCACAUCAUACAGAUUGAGAGUGCUGAUGAUGUUGUGGCUGGAGACACCAAUGCAGACCCCCAGUCGCAAACAGCAAUGUCCCUGCCUUACGUCCCCAAGACUAACACACCUUAUGGCUUUGCAACCUUGAAGGAGAGCCCCCACACUCGCCGUAAAGAGUCACUGUUCCACUGCGAGCACACCAGUCCCAUCACCUCUCCAAACACACAGAGGAAGGGAAAAGCCAGCGAAGGGGGAAACCAUCUGAAUCCAGCUGACUUCAACACUUCUCACAUGAAUCCUUAUCGAUACUUCAGCGGUGGGGAAAGUGACACCUGCUCCUCAGCUGAAUCCUCUCCUUUCAGCUCCCCUCUGCUCUCCCGCUCUGCCUCCCUGCUCAAGAUCUUCACCCAUGAGACGCAGGCUAAAGUCGUGAAAGCCAAGCGGACGUUCGCCCGCCACAGCUCCCUCUCCACCGAUGAGUGCAGCUCGGCUGAGCCCAGCCCCAACAUCCAGCGACGACUCCAUGUGCCCUCCUUUCACGGUGCUGCCGGAUCAUCAGACCACGGCCUCCACCGGGAGCACACCAUCAAUCUGCACAAAGGCGGGUCGGUGAGGAUCAGCGCCAACUACGACUCCAGCACCUCCCGCCUGCUCAUCCGUGUCCUGGCGGCAGAGAGUCUUUACGACAAGCACUUUGACAUCAAAAGCAUCAACUGCUGCGUGUCCAUCUACCUAAACCCCGGCAAGCUGCAGAAGCAAAGGAGCAACAUCAUCAAGAACAGCCGCAACCCAGUCUUCAAUGAGGACUUCUUCUUUGACUCUAUAUCCUCGGUUCAGGCCAAGAACCUGUCAGUGAAGUUCAAGGUGGUGAACAAAGGCACCAGCCUGAAGAGGGACACGCUGCUGGGGGAACGAGAGGUGCCUCUAACAAAGCUGCUCUCAGGGCUUUAAAGCCAAAAGGACCUGGAGGUCAAAUAAGGCAAAAAAAAAAAAAAAAAAAAAAAAAAAUCAUCAAUUGAAAUUUAAAUUAGAUGUUUGCACUGGUUUCUAUACAAACAUGUUUUUAUUCCAACAGUAUGAUGAAGAGAGAGGAAAAGAAAGGGUUUCUAGAAUGUGAAAUAUAUUCCUAAAAUGAAAAAAACAUCUGAAAAAAGGAGCCAAGUUUCAGAAGAUAACAAUACAGAAUCUCUUUAUGUACAUGGAUGGAUGGAUGAAGGAUUUAUGGCGGUUGAGGCCUCCCUGGUUCCUUUUGCCAGUAAUGCCAGAAUGCUCAUUAAACCAAGCCGGACUCAGCAGCAACAGAUGAAUAUGACAGAUGAAAGGGUUUUUCUUCUGGACCUCUCUCCCAGCCAACUUCCUCAGCCAGGUCUGGUUCAAAGGUUGGAGGACACCUGUGCACCAAGCUGUCCUGGUGUCUUUGCCUGCACUGUGUUCGUCAUGUGUGGCAUGGUUUUAUUAUUGUAAUGUGACAUAAAUCCACAGUAGACCAGGAUGUGAUUCUACAGUAGGUACGCCGUGUGUUCAGCACAAAGAUGCUUUUGUAAAUCAGUGCGAGCUUUGAAGAGGCACUACAUCCUGAUGUGCAAAUGACCCUUUGAUCCCAGUUGCUAUGGCCCGCCUCCUACAGGACAGGGUGAGGGACAAACAGAGCAGCCACAAUAAACACAUUUACAUGCACAUCAGAGAUUAAAUUAUAAUGCAAUUAGUAAUGCAAGUAAGACUAAGUACUAUGAUUGCGUAAUCUGAUUGUUUGUUCUUAGAAAGUGAAACCUGUGUAACAUAUAUGUGCUACGGAAAUCUGCUACAUUUUAUCAAGUUAAUAUUAAACUAAAAGGUGCCCUGUGAAGUUUAAUAGCAAACAAACAAAGGUUGUGUUUACAUUCAGCAUUAUUUACCAAACAACUUGAGGUCGUGAGGGCUGACAAUGCAUUUCAUACAACAACCUUUUUAAUAAUUAGAUGAACUUGAUAGCAUUUCUACUUUUGUUUGCGCAUUACAACAACCACCUGUCAAGCGGCAGAAUAGUAUGAAUCCAGUGGCAAGAUGUGAAUGGCAGCAUGUGUGCUUUACACAAACAAAACGGGGACCCACGCUUACAAACACUGCUCCACAGCACAAGUAGUAGUCAAAAAACUCCACAGGGAACAUUUAUGGUUUACUUUAUAGCUUAUUGUUUACCGUAAGUAAAAUGAUGUCAAUAAAAGUAAAAGAAAGCUUGAUUCUAUUGCAAAAUUCAGACAACCUCGACACAAGUUGAUAUCUAUUGGAAGCAAUGAAAUAUUCGGACUGCCCUUUAAGAUUCUUUUGCUUGGGUUCUCAUUUUCUAUAAAAAUUAGGUUUUAAAACUCAGUUACAGACAUUAUUUUGUGCAGAGUUGGGUACUUGGAUUUUAGUGUCUUUAAACCCACCAGUUAUGACUUUUUGGCUGCAUGAAACCCAGCUCAUUGAAUUAGUGGAUCUGGGGUUACAAGGAAAAAAUGUUUGCAGGAUACAUGAGAAAAUUCCUUCAUAUAUUAUUUGACAUGUAUUUUAUUUCUGACUGGAUGAUGAAAUCUCUUCAGACUUAUGAGAGACCUGUGUGGAUGUUACAGCAACACACAUGCUUCAUCCAGUGUGGGCACCUUGAUUAAAUCUUGUGCAACCAGGCAACGGGCUCUUGCCAAAUAGGUACACCAACCUUUUCUCUCUGCAUUCAAACUGGCUGGUGAUACCUCACUGUGAUUCUGAACAGAUUCUCAACACAAGGAACACAGCGGCAGUGACAAUUAGCUUCUUUGGGUUACAUGGCCAGUUGAAAGAUUUUGUAGAAAUUUAAAAUUUCUUUCCACUGUAUUUACCACUUUCAAAAAUGUCCAGUAACCAACAUGCCGUAGUCAAACAUGUCAAAUUCGUCCAUUUAACAUGCCUUUCUGAAGUAGCAUUUUACAAGUUAUUUUAAUACAGAUGAGAGUGAGCAAAAUGCUUUAUCUGCUGGUCAAUUUUGAUAGCAGUGAGACAAGAAAUAAGAUUUUAAAAAGUCAUCAUUCCUGUCAUUGGAAAAAAACAAAACAAAAGGAAUUUAAUAGUAGUUGAUGCAACUGCAGUGGACAAAAACAAUAACCUACUUGUGCAUGUAAAUGUAUUAAAUGUCUCACAUGAGAAACAGAGCACUGGUGUCACUGCGCAGAGUACCAGUUGUAUGGCAUCAAUAUGUCAUUGACAGACUGGUGUUUACACGACAUGCUCAAAAUUUCAUGAAACCCUAAAGCCUUACUAUGUAUGUGUGUGUGAGAGAGGAAAAGAGUGUGUUUUGUUGAGCAUGACAUUUUGUCCAAAGUUGUUAAUUUUCUAAGUAUGAUAUUUAGCAUUUUGUAAAAUGCUUUUUGAAUUGUUUGAAAUGACUUUAAACGUGUGUUGCUUUGUAUUGUAUAUAUCUACAUACGUACUAGUUUCUACAAUUGUCAGUGAAAUGCAAAUUAUGCACCAGCGAAUGAGAAGUGCUGAUGAGACUAGGCCUCUUGAUUAUCUCCUUUUCAUCGUUAAUGAAGCCCGGGGAAGAAGAAGAAGCAGAAGAAAUUUCAAGAAAGGAAUAAGAAAAAGAAGACAAUGAGAAAAAUGAUGUUGUGUGUUUUGACGUGAGCAGAAGCCCUUUUCUCUGUCUUUGUACUCUGCUGUCCAUCUGAAGAAUUAAAAGAAAUUGCAUGUGAUUGCAGCCUCGAGCGCUUGGCGGAGGAGAGUGAUUAAAGACAGAAAAGAAGUCAGAAACAUCGGAGUGAUGCAAAUUGCUGAGGUUUCUCAUGCACUGCCCCAAAGCUUCAGCUUAAUUAUGUGAGGAUUACUCUCAUCUGGUGUUUGUAGCUCACUUGUAGCACUGCUAUUGAUAUGCUCUAUAUACUUUAUAUACAGUGACUCUGUUGGUUGUUAUGGUGUGAAAGUCGGUGAUCUGUUGUAAUCCCUGUUGAAUACUUGUGUGGAAACAUACAGUGCCUGCUCGUAGAGUUGUUGUAUUUUCUACUCCAACCUCCCAAAUGGUACUCAGCCUUGUUAUUACUAAAUCCUUUUUGGGGUUUCUUCUCGCAUGACUAAUAUCCUUCAGUAUUGUCAGUACUAAAUUUCAGUGGAUUCUUAUUGUCUAGUGGUGGGCCACCUUGUGCUCUGGUUCUAGAUGAUGAUUUACCGCCAACACGAAUGUUUGCGAUACCCCUGAAACAUGGGUGAUGUGUUCUGGAAAUUGUCCAAAUGAGUCCUAUUUUUAUUACUAAUUGCUUUGACUGUUUUAAAUGUAGCUUAUCAUUUAAUAGAAUUGGAUUGUAGGGAGAAAAAAACAACAAUAAACAGUAAUCUGACUGCUGUUGCCUGGCCAAGUCGUGCUGUCCUCAGUCAACUGUGGCUUCGUCAUGGACUCAAGCUUGGCUUCAUGGCUGAACAACAUUAUCAGUAAAGAAGUAGCAGUAGGAAAUUUAUUCUCGGCUUAUUGUGGAACCUCAGAGUCAUGGUUGUGUUUCCAAAUUGUCUGACAUCUGACAGCGGACAACAUAACAGCGUAAAAUUGCAUCAGGUUUAGGCACUUUAUAUUGCUCUUGUAGCAGCUUUUGAACUGAGCUGGAGGCUUAACGCAUGUCUCAUACAGACAUACGCUGGACGAGGGUGUGAGUAAGAGAAGUCCUGAUAAGCUCAAUUUAAAAAAAAAAAAAAAAAAAGACAGUCCAGUCUUUUUUUUCCCUGCGGUUUGUUAAUUUUGAAAAUAUAAAACCUAAGGAUGUCUGCAUGAAUAUGUUUCUGAGAUAGUCACAAAAUAUUUGAUUGUUUUUUGUACGAUUAAAUGUUAAAUGUUUAACCAUUCAAGAGCACUGCUAGCAAACUAAUGCUCUCAAAACUGUUGGACGAAUUAAACAUGGAUAACUUAGAUGAAAAGUGGGAGCCGCUGUUGCAAAGAACAUGUUGCUAACUAAUUCGUACAAAAAAAAAAUGUUCAUCCUCAGUACAGCAGCGACUUCUCAGGUUCAACAUUAGCCUCCUUUAAAAGUCUGAGCUUCUUCAAGUGCAGUUUCUGGUCACCAUUCCCACAUUAGCUUGUUAAUCUCAAAGUGUAGCUGAAGCUGGUGGGAAUUUGCUCAUUCAGUUUGACAUUUUGAAGAUUACACAUUUCAGGUUUCUUGCUGAGAGGUAGUUCCCUUAUACAUUUUUAGCUUAGUUUAGUGUAAGGAUGGAAAACGGAGAAACAGCUAAUCUGGUUUAACUAAGCGUUAGAGAAGAUAAUAUGUUUACCAGCACACCAAAAACUGACUAAUUAAAACGUUAAACUUUGUUUAAUCAACACAUAAACCUAAACGUAAAAAAGUUGUCAUUUUUUGGGGAGUUUGGUGCUGCGACUAGUCUAGCGGUGAAGUGUAAGCUCUUCGCGCCGGGUAAAAUGGCGGCUGAGUAGGUUCACUCUCGGAUUUACUCUCUGAGGGCUGCAAAUGUAUGUUCCACAUAUAAUGACAGUUCGUUCAGCUGUCAAGAUAUUUCACUCUGGUGAAACGCUGAACAGAAAUCACCAUCCAUCAGUCACACUGAUGAAGUGUUUUUUUUAAAACUUUAGCCUUUAUCUGACCCACAAAGGAAUUACUAGAAUUAACUUUGCCCUUAUCCUGCCUGUUGUUGUGGUGGUCUUUAUACCUCUGCACUCAAUAGCUCUUUAAUUAGGUAGCCUACUAGGCAAGGAGGCUUGACUGCUAACAUUUAAAAUGAGAAUUGAGAAAAGCAUAAGUGCCUGUGAGUGUGAGAGACUCAGAGUGGUGAUGGUCAGCUGGAUGUUGUGUUUCACUGAUGGUCACUUUAAAUUCCUUUAUCUUUUUUAAUAUAGUGUAUAUAUGCUGACGUGUGAUUCAAGUCUUCCUGUCUUGACAGGUUCUCUCUGAAAAAUGAAACUGAAAAGUGCCAAUCCGUUACUUGACACUGAAAUCUUUUGUUUCUUUCCAGACUUAGAUUAAUGAUGGAAGCUGGUUUCCAUGUGCUAUUGCUGUUCCUGUUGUGUGUUUGGCUUUUGCAGGACAAUACUUUUUUUUUUGUUUGUUUUUUUUAACUGUGAUCCUACAAGCACUGUUCUCUUGUUACUUACUGUGUUGAUGGGUGUGAAAUACUUAAAUUAAAGUAAAGGUUCCACAGCA